CAGUGGGGGAGAGACGGUGCCAACCGAGCGUGAGCGACCAUCGGAAGCUACCUACAUCUGCUUAGAAAGCUCAGUGGCUCGUCAACCAGCGAGCGUUUCUCCCGAUCCGUAUAUCCGGUGCACCGGCCGUGUAACGCGAUUUGCGGAAUUCCAAUGACCGUGUAACAAGUUGACACGCGGUCGCAGAAGCUCCGGCCGUGCGGCACGGCUGAGCCCCACUCGAACCUCCUUCCACCCCCGCCGCGAGGAGAAGACAAAACCGUAUAAAUCAUCCGACGAUACUCCGUACCGUCAGAGAUUUUGGAAACCUCCGGGAUCCAGUGACAGUGCGCGAUGCGUGCAGCCCGAAGUUGUACGUCGACUUUCUAAAACCGGCACGCGACACUCGCGAUCCUCUUGUAAUUUUUUUAUUUUUUAUUCUUAUCAUCGUUUCUCAUCGUCAAACGAGUUGGCGGAAAAGCGUGGCGACAGGAAUCGCGUACCGAAGACCAUUGGAAGUUCCGGUCCAGGAGUUUGGCCUCUUGGCGUCCUGCUGUUGACCAAAUCUUCGGCGUGGAAAAGUGUUGUCCGGAUGACGAUAAGUGCCGGAAGAUCGAGUGACCCUAUCCGCUGAAACGUGAGAAGAACUUGUACGACAAUUUACAUUCGCAAAUAAACGAUAAAAGUAAAAUCAGCGAGGAUGGAGGCGAUGGGGACGAUAAUUGACAACGCUGAGAAGACACCUGUUGUGAACAACGGAGCCGUUGGCAUUUUGUUGGCGAAAAUCGGGGCGAUGCUGGUCCUUGGAAUCGGAUCGCUCAGCGUAGGAUCGCUACCUCUUUGCAUCAACAGAUGCAGAUUGAGUCGGGGCAGCGCGAGCACCGCUGAAGGCUUGCUGACGUCGCUGCUCCUGUGUUUCGGGGGCGGUGUUCUGCUCUUCACGUCGUUCGUCCACCUGGCCCCGGAAGUGCGCGAGAGCGUGGAGAAGCUGCAGGAGAGCGGUAAGCUGAUGAAAUUGGGUGGCGGCUUGGGUCUGGCCGAACUGUUGCUCUGCGGUGGUUUCUUCUUCGUCUACCUGGUGGAAGAGGCGGUGCACGCGGCGCUGGACCGAAAGCCGGAACCGACGGAGGCGGCGCUGCACCGAAGCGUAUCGCUGCGAAGAUGCAACCGAAGCUCGAGCGGGAGUCGAAGAAGCCGAGAGGCGGGAAGAAGCGGGGAAAAAUCCCUAUCCCCCGACGCCCGGAUAUCCCCAAUGGCCCAGGACCGCGCCUACGAGUCCGACACUGACAACCCCGGGAUCUUCGCCACCCGUAACUCCAGACUCCACCAGGAGGUAGACUCGGGUUACGAGAAGAACGGAAACCUCGCGGGGAAGGUUAACGGAGGCUCGACGUGUCCCUGCGACGCGUCGGCGAACCCGACGAGGAACAGCUUCGGGAACACGAUUCCGCUGUCGCAGAACGAGCGCAGUUAUCUCUCGCGGAACCUGGAAGUCCCACGGGGACUCGACGGCGGGGAAAUCGAAGGAAAGGCGAACCCGCUCUGCGGAAACUCUUCGGCGUCUUCCGCGUCGACGGCCUCGCCCCCGGCCUCGACGCUCCCCCCUAACGCCUCGGUCAGGGGGCUGUUGACCGUGAUAGCGUUGUCCUUUCACGCGAUAUUCGAGGGCCUCACCGUCGGCCUCGAGCCCUCGAUGUCCUCCGUGAUAUACCUGACCGCCGCCAUCGCGACCCACAAAUUGGUGAUCGGCUUCUGCGUGGGGAUGGAAAUGGUAGCGGCCGGGGCGAACGCCAGGAUAGUCCUCGGCUACCUCGUCGUAUUCUCCGUCGUCACUCCCAUCGGCAUCGGGAUCGGACUCGUGAUCGGACGCCUCGAGGACCCCGGCGAAGGACUCGGACCCCUACCAACACUCCUGCAGGGUUUCGCCGCCGGGACCCUUCUUUACAUUGUAUUUUUCGAAGUCCUCGCAAGGGAGAGAGCGAACGAGAAAAGCGGGCUGCUUCAGCUCGCCGCCAUCCUCGUCGGGUUUAUGUUCAUGCUGGGACUCCAGUACGCCACUUCACACUCCCACGAACAUGGUCAUGGUCAUAGCCAUGGCCAUUCCCACGAGGAAGAAACCAAGAACGGCGACGACGAUCAUCUGCAGAAUCACGAUCAUCGGCAUCAUCCCGAUGACUUGAUAGCCUCGACGAUAUCGAACGUCACGGAGAAGAUAUUGGACGUGAUAUCUACAACUCUGUCGUCGACCAUGGUCACGGAAAAGAGUGCAUAACGCAAGAAAUCGGAAAAACAAAAAACGCACCGAGAUCUAAGGAACCCGAAAUGUUCGGGCAUCGCCCAUCGAGAGUGAUGGUCACUCGGCCAGCCAGGAUUUGCCUCGUCAAGACCAAUCGGAGGUUCGUGAAUCGACCGGAAGUUCCCGGGGAAGGUUGCUUAAUCGCGGCCUCAACGAUCAUCCGGAGUUUCACGUGAAAAACAACGGCGAGAGUUAUUAUUAUCGUUAUAAGAAUGGAAUUCGGCGAUGCGGAACGAACGACGUUCACCUAAAACAGGAAACGUAAUGACCGCGUCAUUUUUACCUUCUCAAACUUCUCAAGUUCGUGAAAUUACGCUCUCGUCAUUCGCGAUUUGCGGUACAGACGGACACGGGAAAGGUGGAUCGAAUAUACUUGUUGAAUUGAUGCCUUCUUCGGCGAGGCUCGUUAUAUCGUUGAUCGAAAAUAGAAGCGAAUCAUGACGAUUAUUCUCUCUAUUUCUAAUUCGAAUCAAUAAAACUUGCCUAGCUUCUUGCUUUAGAGUUCAUCGAUUUGUCGUCACAUCAAAACGCGCAGCGCUAAGUUUAACGAGGAAAAUAUUUCUUAACCGCGCUGACUCUUUGAUGCAGUGAGAUUAUACACCUAUUAUCAUUUACUUUGACAGAACAUUACUGUGUUGACUUGAAACUUUUUUUCUAAACUAGUAUUGCUUGAUUAGUCUUAUAAAACAUAUUUACGAUUUAAUGAAUCGCGCAAACGUUAAAUAAUAUUAUUCCUGAAAUCCGAUAUAAAACUUUUCAGUUUGAGGAAACUAUUUUAUGCUUAAUAAAUGUAGGAAGCGAUUUCUCUAAGUCAGAUAGACCUGUUUCGAGUCAAAUAAAAGUAAAUUAUUAUAUCGAAUCAAAGAUUCAUGCGGAGAUAUCCCUUUUCUCAAUGCGCACGGUGAUACGGAAUAGUAAACUUGGUGAUCGCAAUUCUAAUAUUUACAUUAAAUUCUAGCAUGUUAACCAGACUUUCUUGAGUUCCGAUACUUGUCAUAAAAUAAAAUGAUGCAUUUCCGGGUACUUGAAUUAUUAUACGGUGAACUCACAAUCGGCAAUUAGUUUCACGAGGAGAAAAGUAUAUUUCAAACAUUAUAUCAUUGUGUAGUAAGCUAAAAGCAAAUGGUGAUGAAAACACUUUCUCUGUACAUACCUUAUACCUACAAUGUAAUUAAACAGAGAGCGGUUCUAUUUUUUUACCGUACGCUUUUUCAGAAUAGUGAAAUCUGAUAAUACUGUAAUUCAUUUUUAUCGCUUAUAAACUUUUUUCAAAUCACGUAGAUUCAUAAUUAAGAAUAGAUGUGCACGAGUUAAUCUAGGUAAACAUAAUAAAUGAAAUUCUCAAUCGAAGAGGCCGAUAUGGAUAGAGGAAUGUCGAUUCUCCGGUUGUCAACUGAGAUUUUAGGUCUACGGCUUAUCAAAUACGGACGUAAAAUUCGUUCAUUAGUGUUAAACAAACCUAAUACUUCAUUUUACGUACGACGCUAUGUAGAAGCAAUAAUUCAUAGACUCGAUCCAUGUUGAUACAGUUGUAUACAUUCACUUAUACUCAACGUAGAGCCGGAAGUAUUUUUUCGCAUUCCACUAUGACUGACAAUGAGUGAAACGGAAAGUAGAAUGAAACGAUAGACACAAUGUGCAAUGAGAAGUAUGAAAUUAUCGUGCUGGAAUGUUGAAGUAGCUGUAUUAAUUGGUUGUUUAUCGAGAUGAGAUAUAAGAUUGAACAUGGUUGGACAAUAAGAAUGUUACAAACAAAUAUAUUUCACUUUAGCUUUAAGUAUUUUCAUUUGAAUGUGUCUAUUUUUUACUAUAAAAAUAUAUAUAUAAAUUACA